UAGCUUGACUGAAGGGUUUCUCUGCCUGGUGUGGCAUUCACAUCCUAACGCUCAUGUGGUAACAUCCAGCAUCGCUUGGCUUCCCCAGCACACUGGCCUGAUUCCAGGGAUUUGAAGUAGACAGGACAGACAGACAGAGAGACAAAGUGCAUAUAUGCCGGAGAGAGAUAAGUUAGUUCAGAAGUAGGAGGGAAAAAGAACAGAAAAGAAAAGAAAGGGAGAAGCAGGUGAGAAAGGAAGAAGUUGAAAGAGGUGUCUAGAAGAACCAGUGGUGAAGAAAGGUUGAUUAGCUGACUGUACAUUACAAAUCCACUGACAUGGCAGCCAUGGAAGCACUGGAAUCCACAAGUGCCCAGCUGGAGCCUCAAACCCUCACCGAGAUCUCAGACGAUGAGGUCAACCUCCCACCUUCAGACGACGAGGAUGAUGCCCUUGCCGCAGCUAAGAAGGAAAUGUCCACCAUGGGUACAGAGGGGGACGCCGCCGAAGACAAGGAUGAGGCAGCAAAGGUGGACCAACAGGUGAAUGGGGUCAUGGUGCUGUCAUUGCUUGACAAGAUCAUUGGGGCAGUGGACCAGAUCCAGCAGACCCAGAGCGGGCUGGAGUCCAGACAGCAGGAGAUGGAGCGUUCGGUGACCACCAUUCAGGGCGAACUGACCAAACUGGCCAAGAGCCACAGCACGACGUCCAACAGCGUCAAUAAGAUGAUGGAGAAGGUGCGGAAGGUGAGCAUCAAUGUCAAGACGGUGCGGGCCAACCUGGAGAAGCAAGGAGGCCAGAUCAAGAAGCUGGAGAACAAUGAGGCUGAGCUGCUCAAGAGACGCAACUUCAAAGUUAUGAUCUACCAGGAUGAAGUGAAGGUUCCAUCAAAACUGAGUGUCUCCAAAUCCAUGAAGGUUUCUGAGUCUGUGACAGGAAGCAGAGGGGGCAGCCUGCUGGAGCUCAAGGAAGUUGUGGAAGGUGAGGAGGGAGGAGAAGGAGAGAAGGAAGACAAACCCCAUGUCGACCUCUCGUCAGAUGAGGAGGGGGUGGAGAUUGAGGAGACCAUUGAGGAGUCCCGUGCUGAGCGCAUCAAGCGCAGCAGCCUGCAACGUGUACAAAACCUGAAGACGGUCUUCUCAAAGGAGAAGAUGGAUAAGACCAGAGCAAAGACCAAAGAGAACCUGGAAAGGACCAAGCAGAAAACCAAGGAUAACAUAGAGAAGACCAAGCAGAAGACCAAGGAUAACAUAGAGAAGACCAAGCAGAAGACCAAGGCGAACCUGGAGAAGACACGUCACAACAUUGAGAAGAAGAUGGGAAAGCUUGGAAACAAGAUGACUGUUACUGCUGAACGCAGGCAGAAGAUGCAGACAUCCCGUGACAAGGUGAAGAAGGCCUUCACGCCAGACCAUGUCGUUUAUGCGCGGUCCAAGACUGCUGUGUACAAGGUGCCCCCCUUCACCUUCCACGUCAAGAAAAUACGCGAGGGCGCCGUUGAGGUGGUCCAAGGCACCGAGAUGGUGGAGGUGUCCCAGGAAGCUGAAACCUUCAGUGGGGUAGAUGGAGAGGUUGAGGAGGGCGCAGUGGAGGUUGAGAUGGAGAUGAUGAAUGGAGGAGGGGAUGAGGAAGAGGCUGAGGAGGAUGAAGAGGACAGCCAAGAUGCUCUGCAUGAGAAUGAAGACAGAGAUAGAGACAGCGACUAGAUAAAGAAUAAGAAAUUUGCCAAGAUCCUAACAAAAUCCCCGAGGUUCUUUUGUAAAAACAGAAUUAAUUGUGGGGAUUCAGAAGAUUGAUUAAGAAGAGUUAUGGUUGAUUACAACUUGGGCCUUUUUUUAUAUAAUUUUAGCCAUUAUUCACAUCAGUUAUGAUAACAUAGUACCCACAAGCUAUUGUUGAGAUCUGGGAACAUUAUGACUUUGCUAAAAGUUUGAUGGGUCAGUCAGAUGAUCAGACAGGUGGUUAACAAGAUAACAUUUUGUCCAGAUUAUCUCAAUCACUUUAUUUGUAGGCAAAAUUUAAAGGGCACACCCAAAAUGUCAGUAAUAAUCCUUCAUCAAACAGGAAAACUGUGUACAAGCACAACUAUAUUUAGUAUUGUACAUUAACCAGGAGGUUGGUAAUGUUCACAUUUAUUUUCCCUUCUAAGGUUUCACACACCUAUAGGUUUGUUUCCAUCCUGUCUGAAUUUCGGACUGUUCCUGUCUUUGACUUGUUAGUCUCCUUUCCAGUGAGGUCGACCAUGGCUGGAUUAGCAACUGAGCAGAGCAGGCAACAGCCCCAGAUCAACACAGAUGUGAAUCAACUAAUCUGACAUGAUGAGGGCCUGCUUUAUUACCUAAUCAUUAGGCCCUGUCAUGAAGAGCGUCCCUGUGUAAAAAAAAAUUCAUUUCAAGACCAUUAUACAAAGCUGCACUAGAAUACUGUGAAAGCUGUACCUCGUUGUGGUAAACCCACCGAGAUUUAUCAGCUGGCACUGCUUUUCACCAUGGAUCUAUGCAGAGUUUCUGCAGCUCACGGUUUUGGCGUUUUGGCCGACUACUUUGCUGUUUUAGUUCACUCUCACCACUCUCAUCAACUUUGUUUCUCUCAUCAAAUGCUCUGCAAACCCACUGUAUGCUACCUACUCAGCAGCAAAUGGCAGACACAGUUAGAAGCUUGGAGAAAAUAUAAUAUUUAGCAGCUAAAAGCCAGGUAUUAUUCUGAGGAGUUGGUGGAGACCAAAACCAGAAAUGAAAUAGAGUGACUAUUGGACUUACACUUGCCAGGUGGACAUGAACACUACUCCUAAUGAAUGCUAAUGUCUCUUUGUGUCUGCAAAAUGUGUCAGAAGACCCAUGCCAUAUCAUAGGAUGAUUCUGAUCUUAGGUUUCACUUCCUCCAUGGUUAGCUCCUCAACUGUGGUUGACAACUAUGGAAUUCUGCACUCAUGUACUCAUGUAAUCAUAUUUAACAAGCAAAAUCCUUUCAGAAGGAGGUCCCUGAAAUGAGAUCUCAUCAAAUGACGGUCUGUGACCUAGUGUCAAUUUAGGGGUUCUUGACACAAAAAAUGUUGAGAACCACUGGGUUAUGGCAUUCCAGAAUCUCAGCAGUUAACUUUGUCAAGACAGUGUUAUAUUACCAACAGGAAUGAUGGCCAAAACUACAAAAAAGGACCCAAGUUGUAAAAGAAAAUAUCCAAAUUAUCAUUUAACAACUUAGGUUUCACUAUGACAACAGAUCGUAUGUUUAAAAAAGAAAAAAGAGCUUAGUUUAAAGAGCUUAAGGAAAAUCUUACCAUGUUUGUAAAAGCACUUCAAAGGUUGUCCAUUUGUGUUUGUUUGGACAGUGUAUGUGAUAAUCAAAUUUAAAAGGAGAAGAUGAAAAUGGGAAGAGAAAAAUCGAGAAUAACUUUGCUGCUGGCUGGGAAAGGAAGGCAGGGUGAUCGCAGAACUGACAUGAUCAUGAAACCAAGGGAACACCAUCGCUCCCGUUGUAAGAAAGUGUUAUUUUUCAGCAUUUCCUCUCCUGUUUCAUUUUUAAAAUCAACCCCCCCCCCACC